AUGAUGUGUGAGGAAGCUAUGAUAGACAGAGAUGACUAUGCCAAGCGUGUAAGAAAAGAAAGAAAGAAUAGAAUCAUGAUAGAGAUAAACUUUGACAAGAUAUCAUCAUCUAUUGAUAGUAAUCAUGAAGAAGAUAUCACUAGAGAUUUAAAAUAUCUUAGUACUACCCAUUUUGAAUUACCUCCAAACUCCAAGCCAGGAGAAUUUUUAGAUCAAGUUUGGGAUCAUCCAAAUGCACCAAAGCCAAUUGAAAUGGCACAUGGUACUACAACAUUGGCAUUUGUAUUCAAUGGAGGUGUUAUUGUAGCAGUAGAUAGUAAGUCUACACAAGGAAGUUAUGUUGCAUCGAGAACUGUUAAAAAGGUGAUUGAAAUCACACCAAACCUUUUGGGUACAAUGGCUGGUGGUGCAGCCGAUUGUUCGUUCUGGGAGCGUGAAUUGGGAAGAAGAUGUAGAUUGUACGAGCUUCGUAACAAGGAAUUAAUUUCAGUGGCAGCAGCCUCCAAGAUCUUGGCAAACAUUGUCUAUUCAUACAAGGGAUACGGUUUGUCUAUGGGUACAAUGAUCACUGGCUGGGACAAGACUGGUCCAUGUUUGUAUUAUGUAGAUAACGAUGGUACUAGACUCAAGGGUCAAAGAUUCUCUGUAGGUUCUGGUUCAACCUAUGCCUAUGGUGUUUUAGACUCUGGUUACAAACCAGACCUCACCGAUCAAGAAGCUCAAGAAUUGGGUAGAAGAGCCGUCUAUCAUGCUACUCAUCGUGAUGCAAUGAGUGGUGGUUUCAUCAAUGUCUAUCAUGUAAAGGAAACUGGUUGGGUUAAAAUCUCUUCAGACGAUUGUUUCAAAUUAUAUCAAAAAUAUUAUAAUGUUAAACCAAUCAAUGAUAACAAUAAUAAUGCUUAA